GGCAGCUCCAAACGUGCCAAAUGUCACUAUGCUAUUAAUAUACAUAAGCAACUGCUCUCCAGUGACCACACUACAAAGUGAACAUAGUAUCUGUGAGUGUGUUUGUUAGAAAGUUUGAGUGAUAAAAGUGAUCAUCCUCAAUGCUUUUCUUGGAAAGAUUCCCUACAAAAAAUAGAUAAUCUGUCUACACUCUUAAAACUCCUGGUAUUUGCACAGUUAUCUCACUGGCCUCAAUUGGUCUUGUUUGAUUUUAUUAGCCGGGAGGACAGAGGAAUGGCCAUUCCAACCAUGUCUCACUCUAGCAGGCUUCAGGAGGUCUCUACACUGGUAUAUCUGGACGAGGGUGCUUCAACGUCGGGCACAGAGUGUAGAGACGAGGCAAGAGCUUUUGAAGAAGCAGGGCAAGUGGCCACGGAAGAAGUUGGAAUAUCAUACAUCAUGGGACAGCCAAGAGGAGAGGAACGUCAAACCUUUGGCUUUACAUGUACAGAAAACAGCAUCAUCCAGUCUUGCGCCAGCAACAGGUUCCUGUCAGAGACGAAAAGAGAGAAGAAAGCUUCUCUUAGUUCCCACAAAAAAGACACAAGGACAAGAUGGGACACAAGUAGAGACAAAGACAGAGGACAAAAGAGCUGGAAAGACAAAGAGAGAAAGAAAAGAUCGAGAUCUGAAGCAAAUGUUAGACAAAGAAACAAUCCCAAACAGAAGAACGGCCGCUCCUCAAGAUGCUCCAAACACAGGAUCAACGGUGUCGUCAGGUUCUGCUCUACACCGGGGCACUUAUCUUGGCCUCAACAGGUCACUCAAACUCCUGACUUACAAAAUACUAGUGUCCAUCUCUGGGAUUGUCCUCAGGAAAUCAACGUCAGCAUUUCCCGUUUAUUCCUUCACGGGAUGAAGGCUGAAUUACCCUCUACCUUUGAGUCUCAAAGCACAAUAUCCAACCUUUUGGAACCGAAAUCUGACUCUGAGUCAGCAUAUAUUUAUGCUGAAAGCAUCAAAUGCUGUGAUUCCUCUUGCUGUACCUUUCUAGCAGACUGUGAUGCCCACAGUCUCUGUUCCAAAGAUCACAUAGUCAACAGACCAGACACUUUAUCUGUCUGGAACAGCUUUGAUGAAGCAGAACGACUCAGUCGAGACUCAGAUUUUAAAGAAUCAGAUAAUCUGAGCGUCUCAAAUGACUAUAAAUCAAGCAGCAACACUUCUGGUUAUAGUAUGGAAGCUACAGCAGGCUCCGAAUCUUCCCGUUACGGUGCCAGGUUCAAAGCUAACUGCUUUGAGUCAUUCUCAGUUGAUGACGAUUUUGACUCCACUUAUAUUUCCACAGACGAGGAUUGGAGAUGCGACAUAAUGGACACGGAUUGCCAUUACAGUCUCGCCGGGGCAGAAUGGGGCUCAGCUUCCUCUGUAUUCAGCAACAGUUCUGAGAGUUCAUGCUACACCGCUGACCGUGACUCUGAGUCUUCAUACUGUUCCAUAGACAGACGAACCUACAGCUCUGAUUCGGACAGCUGUGUCUUAGAGGGUCUUCUUGGUGAGUCAUCUGUUAAAGGUUUUGAAAAGAUUUACUUUGACUCGCUCAACACACAUUCCAAAAAUGGAUCCUGUGAUGUGUUUGUGCCAGAAUUUGAGGGUUGCUUUGACUCAUAUGAUAAAGAAGAUGUCCACAGACACACAGAUAAUGAGACAAGUUCAGAUUCAGAGUCGGUGGAUUGUCCUGAACUGUGGGGAUUUGUGACUCAAACGGAUCGCCGCCACUUCUUGGGGUUUUUUCGUGAGAUGAUUAAAGAAGCAGCACAGGAGAAAGACAAGGAGAAAAAAUAUGUAAAUGAGGGAUUUCUAUUCCACCCCAAACAGUUUCUCCAGGUUAAGAAUUCAGAAUAUCGUGAGGGUCGUGAAUACUCAUUUCUCCGCCACAUCCAGAACGGAUCGUAUGGAGAUGUCUUCAGCAUCCGAGACAAACAAACAGGAUUUACAUGUGCCGCCAAGAGGAUUCCCCUUUGUAGUUUUAGGUGGGAGGAAGUGGAAACAUGGAGCCGACUGGACUCUCCUCGUGUUCUCCAGCUGUAUGGAGCCGUGAGAGAAGGACCCAAUGUGAUUCUCUUCAUGGAUCUAAAAAGAGGUUCAUUAGCUCAGUUGAUGAGAGUGAGGGGUCCUCUCUCUGAAGAACUGGCUCUGUUCUACCAUUCUCAGGUGCUUCAGGCCCUUGAGCAUCUGCACAGCAGACGUGUCGUACACCUGGAUGUGAAAGUUGAUAACGUGUUGUUGUCUGAGGAUGGCAGACAGUGUUUCCUGUGUGAUUUUGGACUCUCUGAGACACUAAACCUGGUAGGAUACAGCACCAAAACCUUCAGAGGAAACAUUCUGCGUGGCACAGAGUCUCAUAUGCCCCCAGAGGUUGCGAGAGGAGACAUUCGCUCUGCUAAAGCUGACGUCUGGAGCAGCUGCUGUAUGUUACUGCACUUGCUCAAUGGACACCAGCCCUGGACACAAUACUACACGCAUCCUCUCUAUCUGAAGAUUGUCAGUGAGCCCCCACCUUUGUGGGAGAUUCCUUCUGACUGUGACCCCCUGACCUGUGAUGUCAUCAAAGGGGGGCUAGUAAAGGAGCCAAUAGAGAGAGACUCAGCAUCCGAACUGUUGCAGAAGACUUAUAAAGCACUCAGAACAGUGCGUAGGGUCUCUGGUCCUGAAGAAACAACCAGGCAACAUGUAGCACCUGUCAGUGAGGACUGGCCAAAUGUCUUGACAACUCAGAAGACCCCAGACUUCACAGACAGAACAAUAGAUCAUACCUUGCCAAGUGACCUCCCAGCACCUUCAGUCCACUGGGUGAGCACAUGGAGAGAGCGAGCAGUCAAUGAAGAUGAGUCAGACUAUACGGCAAGAGAUUCGGCAGAGGAGGGUGAAUGGGAUGAGGAUGGAAAUAUAAACAUGGGGAAAAAGGACAAGACAAGCAGCUGGAUGGAGAGAUACUGGGUAGUGCAGGAAAAUAAUCAGGGAAAUGUUGAACAAAACUAUGAAACCAUCAAGCUUGAAUCAGAUGAAGAGACAGACAUCUGUGAUAAAUACAUAUCAAAAGUCAAAGAGAACUUUGAGGAAACCAAAGAAUGGACAGAUGAAACGGGUGCUGAAAAAAACAAGACCGAUGGUGUACUUGAUCAUCUCCCAGAAAAAAGAGUGGUGUUUGGAGAAUGUGAUGAAAUGAACAGAAGAGCCGUUUUAGAGGAAUCAGAGAGCUGUGAUGGUGAGAUCAGAAGCUUUGUGAGUGAUGGAGAGAGUUAUGACGAGGUGGAGAGUGAUUUGGAGAGUCUUCGAGAGCUGGGCAGCGACUGGGCCCAGGAGGAAUGGGAACCAUUCCUACAGUUACAGACACUUUAUCUCCCAAAAGAAGCUCACCUACAAAGCCACGAAGACAGCUACUCUGAUUCUGAUGAAGAGUCGGUCACUCUGAAGAAGAACGGGCAACAUGAGACAAGUUUACCUGAUUCUCGCAGACCACAACCUCUCACCUGUACCAGCCACCGUGACUCUGAGCAAGACCUUGCUGAUGAGGAUUCGGAUGAUCUGAGCUCAGGGGUUUUCUCCUCCUGUAGCUCUACAGACAGCCAAAGUUUCAAUGUUGAUUGGUCGGUGUCAACAGCUCAGACAUCAUCUUGCUACUUUGAGGGACUUGGGGUUGAUAUAUGGGUGGAAGAUGUAAGUGGCGAGAGUUUAAAGAUCAGAGAGAGGCCGCAAGUGAAAAUCGGACAUGUUGCCGUGGGGAUCAGUGAACAGAUAUCUAUGAGAGCCUUUAGUUUGGCCACCCUGGAUGGGCGACUCGUUUCUCCAGACACAGAGGUGUGCGAGUCAGGCAUGUGGUUGCAGUGUGUCCCCGCUCCUGACGGAAACUCCAGUUGGGACUGGAGGGUCAGAGAUGGAAAACUAGAGCUGCAAGACUAUGAUGAACAUUUGGAUACCUGUUCUACACUGCCACUCUAGCAAGAGUGACCUCCACAAACAAACUGGAGUUUUAGACGUCCCAUUCCAUUCUAUUUGAGCCUUGCUCAUUUAAUUUGUUUUGGGUUCAGUUAAAGGGAUACUCCAACCAAAAUUGAAAAUGCUCUCAUCUUUUAUUCACCCUCAUGCUAUCCCAGAUGUGUCUGACUUUCUUUCUUCUGCCGAACACCAACAAAUACAUUUAAAAGAAUAUCUUUGAACUUUGAAUGUCCAAAAAGCACAUAAAGGCAGCAUAAAAGUAAUAUUACUCCAGUGAUUAAAUCCAUGUCUUCAGAAGCGAUAUGAUAAUGUGGGUGGGAAACAGAUCAAUAUUUAAAUCCUUUUUUCCUAUACAUUUUCCUUCCUGCCCAGUAGGUGGCGCUAUGCACAAAGUAUGCACAUCGCCAAAAACAAAAGAACUCUUCUUCGAAGAAAAGAGUGCUUGGGGGGGCUUAACUGGAAAUUUAUUGACUAAAAUAUGAAUCUGCUUCUCACCCAUACAUAUCAUAUUCUUCUGAAGACAUGGAUUUAACCACUGGAGUUGUAUGGAUUAAUUUAAUGCUGUCUUUAUUUGCUUUGUGGAGAUUCAAAGUUCUGGCCACCAUUCAAUUGCAUUGAAGGGACCAACGGAGCUGAGAUAUUCUUAUAAAAAUCUUAAUUUGUGUUCAGUAGAAGAAAGAAAGUCAUACAUAUCUGGGAUGGCAUGAAGGUGAGUGAAUGAAAAAAAAAUCAUUUUUGGGUGAACUAUCCCUUUAACAAAUUCAGUUAAGUUGCAGCUUCAUGCAAUGUGAACUAACCUGUGUUAACUUUUUCUGUUUUAUUGAAGAGAUCAUUCACAUUCACUAUUUGUGUUUUUGAGAUUUUUAAAUAAAGAUAUUUAAAAGUCUCAAACUACUAAGCGUGACCAUUAUGUAUCAGACAAAAUUAUUUUGUUUCAAAUGUACUGGUUUACAUAAAAUUGUUGUU